AUGCCUUUCCGUGGGACCGGCCUGGCUGACAGCAGCCAUUUAUCUGAAUGUCAUUGGCGCCCGGCCAAGCACGGCCCGGUGCCCGGCUUCCCCGGCAUGGCCUACUCGGCCGCUGCCGGCCUGCCCGACUGCAGGAAGGGCGCGGAGCUGGGCCAGGGGAGCACGGCGGCCUUGACGUUGGCUGGGGCCACCAAGCCUGCAGGGUACGCGGACGGGGGCCUGGAUUACCUGCUGUGGCCGCAGAAGCCGCCCCCCCCGCCACCCCAGCCGCUGCGGGCCUACAGUGGCGGCACGGUGGCCAGCAAGUCCCCCGAGGCGUGCGGGGGGCGGGUGUAUGAGCGGGCCGGCGGGUCACCCCUCAACUGCGGCAUGGGGCUGCCCACCGGCUUCACCGUGGGCCAGUACUUCGCCGCUCCCUGGAACAGCGUGCUGGUGACCCCCACCAGCGACUGCUACAACCCGGCGGCGGCGGCGGCAGUCACCGAGCUGGGGCCGGGGGCGGCCCGGGAGCUGGCGGGGCCCCCCGUGGAGGCCCUCUCGGGCUUGCCCAGCAAGAGCGUGUGCAACACGGCAGUGCUGAGCAGCAGCCUGCAGUCGCUGGAGUAUCUCAUCAAUGACAUCCGGCCGCCCUGCAUCAAGGAGCAGAUGCUGGGCAAGGGCUAUGAGACAGUGGCCGUGCCCCGGCUGCUCGACCACCAGCACGCCCACAUCCGCCUGCCCGUCUACAGAUAAGGCCUGCGCGGCGGCCGCACGGACAGACGGACAGGGUGCCGGGCGGGGAG